AUGGAUGGAAUCCGUGCUCUGUUGUUUGUUUUGUUUUUACCUGCCGCUGUUUCAGCAGGUUCUCACUCUUUAGCCAUGGUUACAACGUUCAUCGAAGGAGAGACGCCGUUUCCAGAGUUUAGUUUCACACUGAUGCUGGAUGACAUCACAGUGGCAUACUUUGACUCUGAGACUGAGACCCUUUUUCCUCGAGGUGUUGAUCGAGAUCAGGACGACGACGGUGUGAUCGACCCAGAUCAUCUCAAGACCAUCACGUCCUACAUGCGUGCUGACUUUAAACAGAGACAUCUGUUUAUAAAAUAUGAGUUAAAUUAUACUGAAAGUGUUGAAGUUCAACAGAGGCUGGUGCUGUGUGAACUGUUGGACAGUGACCAGCCUGGACCGUUUAUACUCAAGAAUGCAGUUGGAGGCACCACGAGAGAUGAACUGCGUUUCCAUGAACACAAAUUUACAUAUCAAAAUGCUUUAAAUCUCACAGAAGAAAGACUGAAACCACAUUUGGAGUUAACUAUGUUGCGUCACGAAAACCUGUACUACCCAGUGUGCAUUAAGACCCUCAGAGGCUACCUGAAAAAGAGAAUGAAUCAGGUGAAGAGGAAAGUGAAGCCCAGAGUGAGGCUCAUCCAGAGAAGAUGCUCAGUGUCUGGGUGGGAUGGAGUAACCUGCCUGGCCACUGGUUAUUACCCCCGUCACAUCAACCUGACCAUCCUCAGAGACGGACAGCCAGUUCCUGACCACCUGAUCACUGGAGGAGACCUGCUGCCCAACGUCGACGGGACCUACCAGAUGAGGAAAAGCCUGGAGUUCAGUGAAGAAGAGCUGAAGAGACAAAAUUACACUUGUACAGUCAUCCACCUCAGCCUGGACAACAAGCUGGACGUCCAUUUGGGUACUGAAUCUCAGAGUGACACAGAAAAUUCCUCAGCUGACUCUGAGCUUUUUAUCACUUUCUUAGAUGAUGUGUUUCAGAUUUUGAUCCAGGGGAGCCCAUCG